AUGGUGGCUGCUACGCUAGAUAACAGACCUCGCGAAGAGCGUGACUUCAAGGAUUUCUAUAAUGAUCUCGAGGAAUCGUCACGUGUUCCGGUGUUUUUCACAGGGUCUUGUCAAAACAUAAAUACAGGGCCAAAGCGAAAUCUGGUAUCAUUUGACGUCCCCGAAACAAAAAAACCGAAACCAAAAGGUGUAGUGAAGUGUGCUAGACCGCUUGACGGGAAACCAGUGCGGAUUUCAAAGACUUUGGCCUCUUUUGGGUAUAAGGGAAAAUCUACGAUACCAAAUCUGCUGCGUGAGACAUACACAAGAAGAGAUGGCACGAAAAGAUCGAGUAAAACUGUAUGUUAUGAUAUGGAUGAACAGGACGCGGCCUGGCUUGAAUGGCUAAACGAAAGAUUGACCGCUGCUGUUAUUCUGGAAGAGGCUUUCGAAAUUGCAAUUAGUACACUAGAAUCCCUGUGGGCAGCGCUAGAGGCUCGAAUGGAGCACAUUGCGCCCUCAGGCUUACAAGAUAGUAGCGUUUUGACGUUAGAUGCUGAUUAUUCUAGAUAUGGAAGUGACGACGGCACUGGGGGCGCCGGUUCUCUUACAGAACAACGGUGCGCUGUGUGUAAUGAUCUGGAGUGCGAGAAUACCAAUGCUAUUGUCUUUUGCGAUGGAUGCAACAUCGCCGUGCAUCAGGAAUGUUACGGAAUUGCUUUUAUUCCAGAAGGUCACUGGUAUUGCCGAAGGUGUAUGGUUAGUAAAGGCACUCCCGUCAGCUGCACUUUUUGUCCAAGCAAGACCGGGGCGUUCAAACAGCUCGACAAUGGGCUCUGGAGUCAUGUUGUCUGUGCUCUUUGGAUCAACGAGGUUUACUUUGCCAAUCCUAUCUAUAUGGAGCCCAUUGAGGGUGUGGACAAUAUCCCUAAAAAUCGAUGGAAGCUUAUUUGCUACAUCUGCAAGCAACGCGCGGGCGCUUGCAUUCAGUGCAGCAACCGGAACUGCUUCCUGGCCUACCAUGUCACUUGUGCAAAAAGAGCGGGCUCUUACAUGGCUAUGGAAAAAGGUGUUCUGGGAGCAGUUGCUUCAAAAGCGACACUAAAAUCAUUCUGCGAUAAGCACGGACCUAGUGAGUGGAAUAGGGAACAAGUCCUGUUAGGGAUUGCUCAAACGAGACGUUUCUAUAGAGACUGUCAAUUACUUGUUCAGCAAAACGACCGUCUUACGUUCCGUCGCCAACAACAGAAUAGACAAAAUGCAUUCAAGUGGAAAACGGAGGCUGGAACUCCCAUAGCUCCACAAAAAUUCAUCGACGACUUAGAGCUGGUAAUGCUUCAGCUCAAUUGCAAAGUCGACUCAAACCAUCGUCGUGCUUUACGAGGCCAACCAAGAGAAUCUGAUACAAACCUGCCUCCAGAGAAAGGUGUCAGAUAUGCAUGUGCUGCGCUCUGUAGGUAUUGGUGCCUAAAAAGGGAGUCCAAGCGCGGAGCGCCAUUGGUUCGGUUUGGGGCGCUCAAUCAGGAAUUCGCACCUGCAGAGGAUACAUCUCAUACAAGUCAAAAAGAAGCUGGCGAGCAGCAAAAGCUGCAGAAUUCUCUCUUUGGAAACUUAUUGCAGGAUGACUUGAAGCAAUUGAUAUCAAUGUGCCAGCUAGCAAAAGACCGCCAGUUUCUUCUACGCGAGCAAUCAGAGACGACAUUUGACAUGGCCGAUACAUGUUACUUCCCCAUUUCAACGGUGGCACUCAAUUUACUCAAAAGCAUUCAAAUUGAGUCUUUCUUGUCAAAACUUCUGCAAUCAAUUCUUAAUGGAGUAAGCGCCACUGAAUUUAAGCUGGACGCAGGAAGUGAGCAGAUUACAGUAAAUCCAAAAGAUCUGGAAAAUUCGCAGGACAUUGAGAUAGCGCGAACUGCAUCGGCGGCAAUUCGCUUAUUACUCCAAGAUUUGGGUCUGCACCGAUUGCAGUCGUGCAAGGAAAUAAAUGAGACAAUGGAAUCUGCUGUUUCCAGUGUAGCGAACGCAAAAAGCACUCCAAAAUCGAUUAGGCGCGCUGCAUCGUCCAUCUUGGAGAAAUGGUCGGCUCAUAUUCUACCUGAGCUCAAGAGAGUGGAAGCCUCAUCCAAAGCGGUGCCCUGCGUCGAGAACCGAGGCUUGAAUUUUGAGCUCAAGAGUUUUACAGGAUUCCAGAAUCUUGCAACAGAAGAUCUCAGUGAAAUUGAGUAUGAUCCAUUCACGGACCCGAAAACCGAACGAGCCUUCCGAGAAUUUCUCUCCACAUAG